GUCAAUUUACCGAAAUGCCCUCGUCGAUUUUGUUGGCUGAAAUUCGCGAUCGCGGGCAUGAUUCGAGUCUCCAUUUUGUCAAGCAAAGCUCAGCUUGUAUGACAUCCCCAAGAAUCCUUAAACCCUAAAAAUCCUGAAAAAAACCUACCCGACAUGCCCAUCCCCAAGUCUCUGUUCACCAUCCUCACCCACCACUUCUCUACCACCAGAAAGCUCCCAAACCUUUCCAAGAUCCCCUCCAAGUACAGGCCCCAAGCCAUCAAAGAAGCUCAGAGGGCUCUCACGGAGUACCUCCAUACCACCAGGAACUUACCCUACACCUUUGCCGAGCACAUUGCUAAGAAUUCCAUGUUUUCGGUCUCCAGCCUCAUCGCCAAGCUCGAUUUCUCGCGCUCCGAUUUCUUCAAGAAGUUUCAGAGGCUCCUCAGGUACCAUCCCGUCAAUGAAUUUGAAUUUUUCUUUGAAAGCAUUGGUAUUUGUUAUGGUGAACUUAAUGCGUUUUUGCCUGCCAACAAGUUCUUUUUCUCCGAAGAUGGGACUGUUUUGAAUGCGGCUUGUGCUCUUUCGGGAUUUGGGUUUCCGUGGACUAGGUUGGGGAAGUUGUAUAAGGACGAUGUUUCGAUUUUCAGUAAGAGUUCGGAGGAGUUGAAGACUAAGCUAUGUGGGUUCAAGGGAUAUGGAUUGAGCAAUGUUUCCGUGAUCGGUAUUUGUUUAACUUUUCCGCAUGUGUUGGGUGGGGAAGAUGAAUUGGGGGAUGAAGUUGACGCAUUGUUUGAUGAUUUGAAAAGGGUCUUUGUAGAUUUUGAUUUGGCGAGUUAUGUUGAGGGAAAUGUGGAUGCUUGGUAUGAGGUAUGUAGGAAAAUUCGGGUGUUUUAUGAUUUGGGAUGUGAGAAAGGAACGGCAGGGGAGCUGAUGGGUAGGAGCAAGCACGUUUUCCUCGAAUACCCAGAAGAGGUUUUGGCCCAAACAGCGGAGUACUUUUGUAGAUUUGGUAUUAAGGAGGAUGCUGGUUUAUUGCUACUUCGGCACCCAGAUAUUUUGAAACUUGACUUGGAAACACCGGUGAUUUCAGUGCUGGGAUUCUUGAAACAUUUCGGAUUGAACUCAAGCGAAUUAAGGUCCAUUGGUCAGAAGUACCCUUACGUGUUGGGAAGAAAUAAAAUGGCUAAUUUGCCUCAUGUGAUGAAGGCUUUGAAUCUACACGAAUGGUUCUUCCAUAGAAUUAAUAGUGGUAAUCAUCAGUUGUUAGCUAAUUACGUCCUUAUUGAUCCUGAAGAAGACUUGGAUAAGGAAUUCGGAGAUGGGUUGGAGAAGAUCCAAUCUUCAAGAACCCCUACUCAUACUAUGAAUAAAUUAAAAUUCUUGCAUGGGAUUGGGUUUGGCGAAAAUGCCUUGACCAUGAAGGUGCUAGCUCACUUGCAUGGCACUAGUAUUGAGCUGCAGGAGCGGUUUGAUUGCUUCCUUCGUGUUGGUGUGGAAUUCUCAAAGCUCUGCAGGAUGAUAAGGUCAACGCCAAAGGUCAUGAACCAAAAACCAGAAACUAUUGAGCAGAAAGUGAACUUCCUCCGCCAGGAAAUGGGAAUCUCUUUACAGUACCUAGAUAUUUUUCCUGGAUUUUUGUGUUUUGACCUAGAGAACCGGAUUAAACCCAGGUACAGAUUUCAUGUGUGGCUUGCAGAAAAGGGUUUCUGUACAAAAACCUACUCCAUUGCAAGCAUAGUAGCCACAAGUGAAAAGAAUUUUGUAGCUCGCCUUUCUACAAUUCAUCCAGAUGCUCCAAAAAGGUGGUCUGAGCAGUACUCAAACAGAAAACCAUUGGGGUCAUAGUUGAGUUUAUACAGCCUCUUAGCAUUUUGCCACUUUACAUGGUUUACAAAAUUAAAGAUGAAUUUCAUAGUGUCGGAAGACCUGUGACAAAACUCACGUGGUUGGAUUGAUCCAUCUGGAAGUUUUGUAAAUUAAUAUCAAAUCCCCGGCUAACAAUGGCAUUACUAAUUAUUUCUGGAUACAAGCCUCAACCACUGCCGUUAUUGAUUUCCAGUGUUGUCUUAAUUAAUUGCCCACAGAAAGCGCCUGAAUUGGCCUCCGAUCUUUUUUGAUUUGAUAAGUAGAAUGUGCCUCCGAUCUUACUUUAGCAUCUGUAAUUGUUGAGGAUCUUCCAUCAUCAGAAGUAAGUAUUUCGAGACCCCUUGUAGGCAAUUUGUAUAUUGUGUAUACGACCAUUGCAUUGUACUGAAUGAUUGGUCCCGCCGUCAUAUUUGUGAAUUAUUUUUGUGUAGCUUCUGUAUCUCUCUCUAUGUUUAUCGUGAAAAGAUCGGGAUGAUAUUAAGUGCCAUCCAACGGACAAACUUUCAAUUCCAA